CGUUUUGAGUCUAUAUUUCCGGAAGGCUGUCUACACAUACGAGUGUAGCACGUCCUUUUCCCGACGUUAUCGCGACAUGGAGAAGACGGAGGGCCGAGAAGCGCGGCAGACGGGCAGCGCGGGGUCCCUGAGCGCGAGCUCGGACGGAAGGACCGGGCGGCGGGCAGGCCGGGCCGGGGCGGCGGCCACCACGCCGGGGAGCACGCCCGGCAGUACCCGGUCCAGCUCGGGCCGGUCCCGUACCUCUAGCCAGGACCCCAAACCUGGAUCCCCCUCAGCCUCCGCUUCUAGCUCUGUCUCUGACUCACAGGAGAACCUGCAGGCACAGGAACUAAAGGUGCUACGAGAUGCGAACUCCAAACUGGCCCAGCCGGACGACCCGCCACUCAUGCCCGGGGAGAAACUGCAGGCCAUCGCCAAGGACGUGACCUACCUGUGCCCCUUCAUGGGCCCCGUCCGAGGCGUGCUGUCCGUCACCAACUACAAGCUGUACUUCAAGGGCAACAACAGGGACCCGCCGUUCAUCGUGGAUGUUCCGUUGGGGGUUGUGUCACGUGUGGAGAAGGUCGGAGGUCAGUCCAGCCGCGGGGAGAAUUCCUACGGACUGGACGUGUUCUGUAAGGACAUGCGGAACCUGCGCUUUGCUCACAAGCAGGAGAACCACUCGCGCAGACUGGUGUUCGAAAAGCUGCAGCAGUACGCCUUUCCUGUCAACAACAAACUGCCGUUCUUUGCUUUUGAGUACAAGGAGAAAUUCUCAACCAACGGCUGGAAGGUUUACAGUCCUGUGGAAGAGUUCAAACGUCUGGGCCUGCCCAACGAUGCCUGGAGGAUCACAAAAAUUAACGAGAACUACGAGUUUUGUGACACCUACCCUGCUGUGUUGUCUGUGCCGAAAGCUGCGAGUGACGAUGACUUAAAGCGAGUGGGAGUCUUCCGCAGUCGGUGCCGCAUCCCGGCGUUGUCAUGGAUACACCCGGAGAGCCAGGCCACAAUCUCGCGCUGCAGCCAGCCGUUAGUGGGCGUCGGCGGGAAGCGUUGCCGUGACGAUGAGAAGUAUCUCCAGCUGAUCAUGGACGCCAACGCCCAGUCCCACAAACUGUACAUCAUGGACGCUAGACCUAAUGUCAACGCCGUAGCAAACAAGGUUAGCAAAGGAGGCGGCUACGAGAGCGAAGAUGCUUAUCAGAACGUGGAGCUCGUCUUCCUGGAUAUCCAUAACAUCCAUGUCAUGAGGGAAAGCCUGCGGAAGCUGCGAGACAUGCUAUACCCGAGUAUCGAUGACCACCACUGGCUGUCCAACCUGGAGGCGACCCACUGGCUGGAACACAUCAAGCUGAUCCUUGCAGGAGCAGUGAGGGUAGCAGAUAAAGUGGAGAGCCACAAAACCUCGGUGGUGGUGCACUGUAGUGAUGGGUGGGACAGGACAGCUCAGUUGACGGCACUGGCCAUGCUGAUGUUGGAUCCGUUCUACCGAACCAUCCGUGGAUUCGAGCUGCUGAUUGAGAAGGAGUGGAUCUCGUUUGGCCACAAGUUUGCUACAAGGCUGGGCCACGGGGAUAAGAACCAUGCCGACGCCGACCGGUCGCCCGUCUUCCUGCAGUUCAUCGACUGUGUGUGGCAGAUCUCCAGACAGUUCCCAGUAGCGCUGGAGUUUAACGAACAUUUCCUGAUCACGGUUCUGGACCACGCCUACAGCUGCCUGUUCGGGACGUUCCUCUGCAACGCUGAACAGAUACAGGACAAGGAGGGUGUGCGGCAGAACACGGUGUCGCUCUGGUCGUACAUUAACGACCGGCCUGACGAGUUCCGGAACCCGCUGUACGCGGCGUACUCGCACCAGCAUGUCAUCUUCCCGGUCGCCAGCCUGCGCCGCAUCGAGCUCUGGAAGGCCUACUACAUCCGCUGGAACCCCCGUAUGAGACCACAGGAGCCUCUCAGUCAGAGGAACAGGGAACUACUGGAGCUGAGAGCACAGCUGCAGAAGAGAGUUGAGGAGCUUCAGCAGGAAGUUGGAACCAAGAAGACCUCGAGAGAGGGGAGCCCUGAUUCGUCGCCUACACAGGCUGUUACAGUUAGUGUGUAACCUCCCCAGCCCUGAUUCGUCGCCCACUCAGGCUGUUACAGUCAGCGUGUAGCCUCCCCCCCACAGGCUGUUACAGUCAGCACAUAGCCUCCCCAGUCAUUUCUAACUUCCUUGUCAUUCUGUCAUCAUUUGGUGCCUGAUCUGCUCAGUAAUCUCAGCUUGUUCGUAGGACUGGCUGAACAUGGCAAUACUGGGCCACUCAAGUCACUGUCUUGGUUCUCAUCACCCAUCACACUCAUCACAUCUCAUCAUUAACAGAUGUGGGGAAAAUGUCAUAAUCAUAAGUUUACAUGUAGGUCUAAGUACCAAAAAUACUGACAGUAAAGUUUCUGAAAAGAUGCAAAUGGGCUGGAAGAUGAAAAGUCGGAGAUUAGAUUUUAUAACUCAGUUGUAAGAUUAGAGCACUGCAACGGUGUGAGUUAGGACCUAUUGACUGUAAAUGUUUAAUCAAUGUGAACUUGUACUGUCCUCGCUUUCAGAUUAAGAAGAAAUAGCACAGGACUGGUGUAAUUUUUGCUCAAACUCGUUAAUUUCUGAGAGAAGGCUGAUUAAUCCUUUAGAUUUUAACUUGAAGUUAACACUGUCAUUAAUUUUUAAAAAGGCCAAAAUCCCAGUGAUGCACAUCCUUGCUGAUGUUCAUGUAUUGGCAGUGUACAAUGUAUAAUUAGUGUAGAUAGAGCUGAUUUAAUUUUAUAGUCUGACAAAAGUAACAAUUAAUACAUGAAGGGUAUAUAGCUGUAUUUCAACUUGGUCUCUUUAUUUUUCACCAAUGCAACAUAUUAAAGGUGAUACGAAAUGUGA